AUGAAGCCCGUGGUGAGCACGUCGCUGCUGUCCGUGCUGCUGCUGCUGGCCCCCCGCGCCCGGGAGCUGGCCGAGGCGUGCAGCUGUGCCCCGGCGCACCCACAGCAACUCAUCUGCGACGCGGCGCUGGUAAUUCGAGCUAAAAUAAUCAGUGAAAAGGUGGUGCCUGCCAGUGAUGAUCCUCUUGAUACCCACAAAAUGAUCCGGUAUGAAAUCAAACAAAUAAAGAUGUUUAAAGGAUUUGAAAAGCUGAAGGAUGUCCAGUAUGUCUAUACCCCUUUUGAUUCAUCACUCUGUGGAGUGAAACUAGAAGCCAACAACAAAAAACAGUAUCUUUUGACAGGCCAAAUUUUAAGUGACGGUAAAGUCCUCAUCCAUUUAUGCAACUACAUUGAACCAUGGGAUGAUUUAUCCUUGUCUCAAAAGAAGAGUCUGAAUCAGAGAUAUCAAAUGGGCUGUGGCUGCAAAAUUACUACCUGCUACAUGGUGCCCUGCUCAAUCACUGCACCAAACGAGUGCCUCUGGACAGACUGGCUGAUAGAAAGAAAGCUAUACGGGCACCAAGCCAAGCACUAUGCCUGCAUCAAGAGAAGUGAUGGCACUUGCAGCUGGUACCGAGGUGGUCCUCCGCCAGAGAAAGAGUUUAUUGAUAUCAGCGAACCUUAAAACGAUCACUUCCUAAAAAGCCUUGGAGUCUAAUUCCAUCAAACACUGCACGCUCACAGCUUCGAACUGCCAUCCUCUAAUGUAUCUGUUGCUUAGAAACAAACACAAAUUGUCCUGUACAGCUAAAGUACGAGUCCAUGGAAUUGGCACUCAUGCAAGAGGAGGAACAAAUCUCCUGGAGGUAGCUACUCUGUAAAGUUAUGCUUUGUACAGAGAGGCUCAAGCUGAGAAUGGUCCUCUGUGUCCUCUCCGGCAUAACAAGCUUCCCUUUUACCAAUACGAAUGUGCAAGAACAAAAGAAUUGCCUGAAUUUUUCCCCUCUUUCUGUUAACCUACAGAGUAAGAGAGCCCCAUGUUUUAUUCCAAAUCUCUCUGAUGAACUACAGAAUGUUUUAUAGAACUAUUUUUUUUCCUGUAUGAAAGUCUUCUGAUACAAAAGAAUUAUUGUACAGUGUAUAUGUAAAGUAUUAUAACUAUGUGCUGUAAGAAAGACUUCAAAGAUCCCUGUUUCCUCAUCUGUUGAAACAAGUUGAAGACUUCUGUGAUUAAAACAAUCUG